AAGGAAAGAGAGAGUUCAGCAGUUGAAUUGAGAAAAAAUGUUUCUUACUUUUGCAUUACUUCUCGCGUUAUACAGCAUCUUCACGUAUCUCUUCAAGCUGAUAUGGCUAAAGCCUCGCCGGCUCCGAUCACGGCUGAGCAGCCAAGGCGUCGGCGGUCCUACGCCAUCAUUGUUGUUGGGAAACCUUGUAGAGAUUAAGCGAUCUCUGUCGACCACCUUCAGCAGGAAAUCUAUGGUGAAAGACGGCCAAGUUACCCAUGAUUGGGCUUCCUCUCUUUUCCCUUUCUUGAACAACUGGGCUAAACAAUACGGAUCGAAUUACAUGUUUUGGAUUGGGACCUUACCGGUACUGUACUUGGGGGAGUAUGAUCUGGUGAAAGAGAUUAACCUAUGUACUUCUUUGGACUUGGGGAAGUCCACUUUUCUGUAUAAGUUCUUUGGGCCAUUGUUUGGACAGGGACUCGUAGCAUCGAGCGGACGUUCUUGGGCCUACCAGAGGAAAAUUAUUGCUCCUGAACUUCACUCGGAUAAAAUUAAGGAGAAGUUUAGUCUAAUAGUAGAAUCUGCUACUUCAUUAGCGAAUUCUUGGGAGAAUAAGCUGAUGAGUGAAGGCAGCGAGUUGAUGGACAUAAGAAUUGACGAGGAUCUCAGGCGUUUCUUUGCUGAUGUUAU